AACAAUAGACCGAUCGGAUGUUGCCACGUGUAAGGAUGAUGUCCACACUCCCUCCUCCUCGCUCCAUUAUAAAACGAGGACACAAACAAUUGCUUCACUCAUCAAAGCGCAAAGUCUUGAGAAGUUUGAAUCUUCUGAUCACUGCAAUUUAUUUCCCCUAUUUUCCGAGAAAAGAAAAUUAGAAGAAGAUGUCUUGCUGCUCUGGAAACUGUGGUUGCGGAUCCAGCUGCAAGUGCGGCAAUGGCUGCACAGGUUGCGGCAUGUACCCGGACUUGAGCUACUCAGAGGCUUCCGGCGCCGCCGAAACCCUCGUGCUCGGCGUUGCUCCUCAGAAGACAUACUUUGAGGGAUCGGAGAUGGGUAUGGGCGAGGACGAGAACGGGUGCAAGUGCGGAGCUAACUGCACCUGCGAUCCGUGCAACUGCAAGUGAAAUGGAGGUGCGAAGCGAAGCAGAGAUGAAGAAGAAUACUACUACUAGUAUUUACCAAGUUUGUUCCGAGUGUGUAUUUACCAGAAGGCCCUCAGAGCCUUUUGUAAUAAGUUUGUGCGUUCCGUGAUGGAGUGUGGUUGUUUACAUCUUUUAGUAUUAGUAUCAAUCUCUGCUGCCUUGCUUUGAUCAAUGAUCAUCUUCUUGUAACUUGUAAACUCAAAGUCUUGUGACCUACACGACUCACUAUAUAAAAUUUAUCUUUAACUAAAA